AUGUCUAGAAGGGACAGAUCGUACGAUUCAGGCCGAGCCGACCGAAAAGGUUUAACCCGCGGUGGUGUUGGGAGUAUGAGGUUUGGUGGCCGAGGGAGCAUGGGCGGCCCUAGUGGUCGGCUCAGCAAAAAUAGCCAACCUGGAGAAAGGCUAAGAAAACCAAGGUGGGAUUUGUCAAGACUCCCUAAAUUUGAAAAGAAUUUCUACAGAGAACACAUCAGUGUCACAAAUAGAUCUAUGGAUGAAAUUCAAGACUUCCUUAAUGAACAUGAUAUAACAAUUCGUGGGAGGAAUACUCCAAAAGCGAUAUUCUCAUUUGAGGAAGCAGGUUAUCCAGAUUAUGUAAUGGAUGGUAUUUCAAAAUGUGGAUUCUCAGACCCAACACCGAUUCAGUCUGUAGGUUGGCCCAUUGCGCUUUCUGGAAGAGAUAUCGUAGGAAUUGCCAGGACAGGAUCUGGAAAAACAUUAGGAUUUCUUUUACCUGCAAUUGUGCAUAUAAAUCAUCAACCUUAUUUGGAAAGAGGAGAUGGACCAAUUUGUCUUGUUCUGGUGCCAACUAGAGAACUUGCACAGCAAGUACAGGAAGUUGCAAUAGAAUUUGGAAGACAUUCCAAAGUACGAAAUUGUUGUGUUUAUGGUGGCGCACCUAAAGGACCUCAAAUCAGAGAUUUAGAAAGAGGUGCUGAAAUCUGUAUUGCUACACCUGGCCGUCUUAUUGAUUUCUUGGAAGCUGGUAAAACAAACUUACGCAGAACAACGUACCUAGUCAUGGAUGAAGCCGAUCGGAUGUUAGACAUGGGCUUCGAACCACAGAUUAGAAAGAUAAUGGAACAAGUUCGGCCAGAUCGUCAAGUUCUCAUGUGGAGUGCCACAUGGCCCAAAGAAGUGCGGUCAUUAGCAGAAGAAUUUCUUAAAGAUUAUAUACAGAUCAAUAUCGGUGCGUUGCAGCUCAGUGCUAAUCACAACAUUUUACAGAUCAUUGAUGUCUGUAAUGAAUCUGAAAAAGACCACAAGCUUGUGAAACUACUUGAGGAAAUAAUGAAUGAAAAAGAAAAUAAGACGUUGGUGUUUGUUGAGACCAAAAGGCGUGCUGAUGAAUUGCAACGACGAAUGAAACGAGAUGGUUGGCCUGUCAUGGCUAUUCAUGGUGAUAAAUCCCAACCAGAAAGAGAUUGGGUUCUUAGUGAGUUCCGAACUGGGCGUAUACCAAUCAUGAUUGCUACAGAUGUUGCAUCCCGAGGUCUAGAUGUGGAUGAUAUAAAAUUUGUGAUAAACUUUGACUACCCCGCCACCUCAGAGGACUAUGUUCACCGCAUUGGGCGAACUGCUCGAAGCAACAAUACUGGCACUGCGUACACUUUCUUCACUCCUGCCAAUAUGAAGCAGGCACAAGACUUGAUGUCUGUGCUUAAAGAAGCUAACCAAGCCAUCAACCCUAAACUUACACAGCUGGCAGAGAGUGCCAGAGGAAUAUUUGGAAAAGGUCGCAGUCGCUACAGAGGUGGCCGGGAUAGAGAAAGCGGCAGUAGUGGUCGCUUUGGUUCUAGUGGCAGCCGUGGAGAUCGUGGAGGGGGUUCCCGUGGCAGCAGCUACAGUAGUGGCCGGGACCGUGGGGGUUCUUCUCGGGGAGGCUAUGGUAGCUCUUCUGGGUCAGGGUCGUUUAGCACAAGUAGCCAGUCAAGGGGUUCAUUUGGGUCAGCUAAACAGGGCAGUAGUUCAGAUCGAAGCAGGUUUUCUGGCAGCAGCAGCUCUGGAGGUAACUAUAAUCAAAACAAUGUAGGUAGCUAUGGAUCAUCUCUUAAUAAACCGAGUGGAUAUGGUGGAAAUAUGCAUUCAAAACAACCCAGUUAUAAUAAUUCUAGUAAUGCUGUUGCUGGCCCAAAGUCUGGCUACUCUACCCAGAAUAGCUCCAGCUACCCUGCCCCAAAUAAUUCUCGGACCAUGCAACCAGCUGGACAAUACGGUUCACAAAAGUCUCAAAGUAAUUCAUAUGCAAUGAAUGGUUAUGGCAGUGCACCAACUGCACCUGCCCAAAAUACAGCCCCUGCCCAACAGAAUGGAAACCCUGGCACUGGAGCUGGGGCACAGAACCUGCAAAACUUACAGAAUAUGGCUUAUAUGUACAGUCAGUGGAUGCAGAAUCAACCCGGUGGUAACUCUCAACAACAAGCCCCUCCUCCUCCUCCCCCGCCAGGGAAAUCGACCAACCCUCCACCUCCCCCACCUGCAAAUUAUAACUACCAGUAUCGUUAA